CUGCUGCUGCGGCUCCUUGACUUCUCCGGUGGUAGGGAGGACCUGUUUUUGCGAGGCUCGGGUAGUUCCUUAAUCGCCAGGUCCCGGGUGUAGACCUCGGUCAUGUCCUUCCGGAAGGUUGUGCGCCAGAGCAAAUUCCGCCAUGUUUUUGGGCAGCCAGUCAAGAACGACCAGUGCUACGAUGACAUCCGGGUGUCGCGAGUCACUUGGGACAGCACCUUUUGUGCUGUCAACCCAAAGUUUGUGGCAGUGAUUGUAGAGGCCAGUGGAGGAGGGGCUUUCAUGGUGCUCCCCCUGCAGAAGACUGGGCGCAUUGAUAAGUCCUAUCCUACGGUCUGUGGUCACACAGGCCCAGUUUUGGACAUCGACUGGUGCCCACACAAUGAUCACAUCAUUGCCAGUGGCUCCGAGGACUGUACCAUUAUGAUAUGGCAGAUCCCAGAGAAUGGGCUGACUUUGCCUCUGACUGAGCCCGUGGUAGUUCUAGAAGGACACUCAAAGCGUGUGGGCAUCAUCACUUGGCAUCCAACGGCCCGCAAUGUCCUUUUGAGUGCAGGCUGUGAUAAUGUCGUCAUUGUGUGGAACGUGGGCACAACUGAAGAACUUUACCGACUCGAUGAUCUGCAUCCUGACCUCAUUUAUAACGUUUGCUGGAACCGCGAUGGCAGCCUUUUCUGCUCAGCCUGCAAAGACAAGAGCGUCCGCAUCGUGGACCCCCGCCGAGGGCAGGUGGUUGUGGAGAAGGAGAGGGCCCAUGAAGGAGCACGGCCCAUGAGGGCCAUUUUCCUGGCUGACGGGAAGAUUUUCACCACAGGCUUCAGCCGUAUGAGUGAGCGGCAGUUGGCACUCUGGGACCCGGAAAACCUGGAGGAGCCGAUGGCAUUGCAGGAGCUGGACUCGAGCAAUGGGGCCCUUCUUCCCUUCUAUGACCCUGACACCAAUGUUGUCUAUGUCUGUGGCAAGGGAGAUUCAAGCAUCCGCUACUUUGAGAUCACGUCGGAAGCGCCCUACAUCCACUUCCUGAACACCUUCACUAGCAAAGAGCCACAGCGAGGCAUGGGAUGGAUGCCCAAACGGGGUCUGGAUGUCAACAAGUGUGAGAUUGCCAGGUUUUACAAACUUCAUGAGCGCAAGUGUGAACCCAUUAUUAUGACAGUGCCAAGAAAGUCAGAUCUGUUCCAGGAUGACUUGUAUCCAGAUACAGCUGGUCCAGAGCCUGCCAUGGAAGCUGAGGAGUGGGUGGCUGGGAAGAUGGCACCACCCAUCCUCAUCUCUUUGCGUGAAGCCUAUGUGCCCACAAAGCAGCGGGACUUCAAAGUCAACCGGAGGACCUUGCUGCACGAGAGCCGGCCCGCGGCCACCCCCAGCGCCGGGCUGAGUGCCACACACCCCAGUGCCAUGUCUCAGUCUGCUGCCGCACCUGCCAUUAGCGUCAGCAGCACUGCCAGUGGGGAUGGAGGAGGGCAGAUCACUGAAGAGGUGCUCCGUGAGGUGGCGUCGCUGCGAGCGCUGGUGGCUGCCCAGGGGGAGCGCAUCGCACGGCUAGAGGAGCAGCUGAGCCGCAUGGAGAACGGUGACGUCUAAGGGAACUUUCCCCACCGAGGAGGCCUCACCAACAUAGAUCUUCAUACCCACUUCAUCUUUAUUUUUUAUUUUUUUUGAGCUGCCAGUCAUCCCUUGACACUGCCUCAUCCUUUGCCCUGUGAUGUGAGACAGGGACUUGCCCUCUCUUGCUGCUACUGGGGAUUUUUCUUGGGUCUUUGUCCUGGACCAAAUCUCCUCUUCCUGUUGUUAUUGUUAUAAAGGGCAAUAUGCUGGCCUCCCCAUGUCUGCCCCUUUGCCUUACUCCCCAGGGUCCCUCUCCCCUCUCCUGUUUCCAUGGUUGGCAUUGGCCUGUGUGCCCUUUGGUGGAUCUCAGGGCUGACUGAUGCUUCAGGCUCGUAUGCCUAUGCCUUCCACUGAGGAGAAGAAGGCUGGGGCAUUCCUGCCCAGCCUCUUCUGGCAUGUGGGUUUGGUUGUUAGAAGCUAGUGCCUCCUAUGACUCCGAGCUGAGGGAGGCUACGCGUCUUUUUUUCUCCCCCUUUUCCCUAUUAGGACCACUAAGAUCCCACUGAGGAUUCUUCCACUUCCUUGCCUGCACUUACUUUAUUUCUACAAAAAGACCACAGAGAUUACGACAGAAGUCAGACUGAAAAAAAUAAACCCUGCUAACCAGUCACAGCCCAAAACCUGUGGUGUCUAGGACCACUUCUUCCCCGACUCCCUCUUCAGCCCUUCAAAAUAGCAGGCUAUGACGAAACUUUAAAAAAAAAUGGCGGGAGGAGGGGGGGAAACUGUUCAGGAUCAAUAUCUAUAUUUUCAUUCCAAAUAAAUGUCUUUAUAAAGCCACA